AUGAAGCCAAAGACCCUGAGAAUAUCAAGGGGGGUGGGGGGCGAGGAGCGAAGGCGUUGUCAUGGAAACCAGGCGAAGGGAGGGUGCAGAAGUGUGGGGGGGCGGUAUGCUGCGGUGGAAAGGUCAGGGGAGCUGGCCGCCCUGAGAGCGGCCCGGGCACUUAGCCACAGAGGCGGGCGGCCGCAGAAGAGGGGCGGCACUCGCUGCAGGGGCUCAAGGGCCCAGGCCUCCCCGAAUCCCGGGGGCUCUCCCUUUCUGGCUCGGAGUGGAAUGGAGUCCCUCCUACCUAGAUAUCUCAAAGCACCGACUGGAAGACUGCCGGCGGGCACCAGGGCGGUUGGUGGGAAAGCGCGGGUGAGGGUACCAGGAUCGAGAGAGCGCGAUGAGCAAUCAUUCGACCCCGCCCUUCGACCCUCGCUUUCCCAACCAGAACUAGACCUGCAACUGCUACCAGAACAUCCUGGACUUUCACCGCAGUACCAAGAUCAUGAAGAGGCGGGGCAAGGACUGGAGCCCCUGCGACUACUACCGCAAGGUCUACCACUCCCUGUGCCCGCUCAGCUGGGUGCAGCGCUGGACCGACCAGAUCCGGGAGGGGACGUUCCCCGGGAAGAUCUGAGGGGCCCCCCGAAAAAUCCUCGCAGCCGGCAGGCUUAACAAGAAGACUUUUAUUAAAAAACCAGUUGCAAACUGCCCGUCA